AUGUGUUGCCUUCUGUCUCAAUAUUUUCUGCUGCAAUCUUUGCUUUACUACGAAACAACUUGAAACCAUGGAACCAGCUUCUCUUACUGUGCCCUUUGUCCAAGAAAUUGCAAAGGAGGCACUCACGAGUGUUCCAGAGCGUUAUGUUCGUCCAUAUCAUGAGCGACCAAUAUUAUCCACCACUACUCCUUUACCACAAAUUCCUGUCAUUGACCUAAGCAAAUUGUUGUCUCAAGAUCUCAAGGGACCCGAACUGGAGAUGCUCCACUGUGCCUGCAAAGAGUGGGGUUUCUUUCAGUUGAUUAAUCAUGGAGUGAGCAUUUCAUUGGUGGAAAAUGUGAAGAUUGGUGCUCAAGAACUCUUUAAUCUUCCAAUCGAAGAAAAGAAGAAGUUUGCACAGAGAGAAGGAGAUGUGGAGGGAUAUGGUCAACUCUUUGUCGUUAAUGAGGAUCAAAAACUUGAUUGGGCAGAUAUGUUUUACAUGUUCACUUUGCCACCAGAGAAGAGGAAACCUCACUUACUCCCAAAAUUCCCCUCGUCAUUUAGAGAUGAUUUAGAGACCUAUAUUGGUGAAAUGAAUAAACUUUGUAUCCAAAUCCUUAACCUAAUGGCAAAUGCCUUAGAAGUGGACACCGCGGAAAUGACAGAGGGAUUUGAACCAGGGGCUCAAUCAAUGAGGAUAAAUUAUUAUCCUCCUUGUCCCAAACCAGACCUAGUGUUGGGACUCAAUCCUCAUUCUGAUGCUGGAGUUCUCACCAUCCUUCUCCAAGCAAAUGAAGUGGAAGGUCUUCAAAUAAAAAAAGAUGGUCAAUGGAUUCCUGUCAAACCCCUCUCUAAUGCCUUCAUCGUUAACAUUGGAGACAUCCUGGAAAUUACAACGAACGGAAUUUAUCGAAGCAUUGAACAUCGAGUAAGAGUUAAUACCGAGAAAGAGAGGCUUUCUAUAGCCACGUUUAACCUUCCAAGUAUGGAAUCAAUUUUUGGUCCAGCACCGAGCCUUGUUACUCCAGAAAAACCAGCAUUGUUCAGAAGAACUAGUUACGCAGAAUACUACAGAGGCUUCUUGUCACGAGAACUUCGCGGGAAAUCAUUCCUCGACGGCAUGAGGAUUAAUUGACUUUUAUAUGUGUAAUAAUAAAUACUAAGCAUCAAGUCAUGCAUACAUGAUACCAAGAGGUAUUCGUAAUUGUUAGAUAUUUGUUUUUGGACUGCACGUGUCAUCUUUAUUUGUUUUUAUCUCUUCCUUCUGGUCAAAGUCGCUGUUUCUAAACUUUAGGCCAAAGUAUUUCAGUUUUAUCAUAGUUAGUUUUUUUGUUACUGCAAGUAUUAUAAAUGUAUUGUAAUUGGCAGUCGAAUAAAGUGAAUUUCUACGAUCUAUUUCAUUCC